AUGGCGGCCUUCUCUCUCUCCGACGUCCGCUUCGCGUACGCGACCACCUCUCCCGCCGUGCUGUCCAACGUCACGCUCGAGGUCGCGCCGCGCUCGCGCGUCGUGCUCGUGGGAGCCAACGGCGCCGGCAAGUCGACGCUGCUGCGUCUAGUCGCGGGCCGUCGCCGUGCGAGCGGCGGUUCCGCGCGCACGCUGGGCGGCGACGCCUUUGAGUGCACCACCAACGCGCUCCGCGUCAACCUCGUCACCGCCGACUGGGAGUCGGACCUCACGCUGCCCGUCUCCCGGCUCGUCGCUGGCGCCGUGAGGGCGAGCGGCGCCUCGGUGCCGCGCGUCUCGCGUCUGAUCGAGGCGCUCGGAGUGGAGGAGCUGCUGGAGAAGGAGCUCCACUCCCUCUCGGACGGGCAGCAGCGCCGCGUGCAGCUCUUCUGCAAGCUGCUGCCCGAGCGUGAUCUCGCGACCAACUCGCUCGACGUCCUCUCCCGCGCCGCGCUGCUCUCCUUCCUGCGCGAGGAGAGCGAGGGUCGAGGCGCGACGGUCGUCUUCGCGACGCACAUCUUUGACGGCUUGGACGGCUGGGCCACGGAUCUCGUCCAUCUCGACGGCGGCAUGCUGCUUCGCCACUUGCCAGCCGCCUCUCUCGCCCGCGCCUCGCUGCACGCCACGGAGCGGCGCCGUGCGGGUGACGCCGCGGGAAGGCGCACCACAGACGACCUCGCGCGCAGCCUCGUCGCGGCCGCCACGGCGGCCGUCAGCGAGGCGCACGCGGCGGCGGAGUGGUCUGCCGCGCUGAAGCGCUCUCGCCCCGCGCCGGCAGAGGAUGCUGCGGCGUCGACCAAGGCGGCGUCUGCGAUGCAACCCAAGGCGCCCCCGAUGCCCGCCGCCGCCCAGCGUAUCGCGCCCGUCCUCCAGGGGGCGCUCGGCGCGCUGAGCGCAGCAGGCACUACAGAUGUUUGA